AUCACAGGGGGUAUAUGGGUUUUCUUAGCAAUAACAAAUUCUAUUUUGCCACGAGUCUUGAUACCAAUAGCCAGCUUACUUUAGGAAGACAAUUGAUACUAAAAGAUUGAAUAUAUACAAGUAACUUGAAAGAGAGGUCGAACAUCAAUAUACAGUAGGCCAUAAUAAGUGAAGGAAUUAAAAUAAUCAGAAUGUUUGGUUUGAAUUACAUCUUGUUGGAGGUGUACUUUUUAUUAACAAAUUUAUUUGUGGUCGUUGAACCACAAGCUACAAGCAUCUUGCGCCAACCACAAAACGUAACCGAAAAAGAAGGGGAAUCAGCCGACUUCACUGUUAUGCUAAACGAUGCAAAGCCAGGGUCUACGCUUACCUGGUAUAAAGAUACGAUUUAUGUCAAUAAAAGUGAUCCUCGUAUAACGUACGAUGAGGCAAACAGAGAUACUGGACAGUUCACAUUGAGAAUAAAUCCACUUAUCCGGUCUGAUAAAGGAUACUACGUAGCUGCCUACGCCUUUGGAAAUGUUUCAGUGUCAUCACAUAAAGCCUAUUUGGACCUAAUUGAAGUUCCAUCUGAAGAAUAUCCAAUAUGCACGAUAUCCAAGCCGUUUUAUGAUAUUAUGGAGAAUGUAAUAGUGAGUUGCAUAACUGAGAACACAUCUCCGCAACCCGUUUUGCAAUUUGUUGGCAAAGAAUCAAAGAGUGAUGUAAUUAACAAUGGAUCACAUAUCAUGAUUCAAAUGAUAUUCAGGGCCCAUCCAAACUUAAAUGGGCAAAAGUAUUCUUGUUACCAAUCAAAUAGCAAAAUUGAAACAAAAUAUUGCUUAGAAGUCACACUCAAAGUAAGUAACGUGUUCAAUGUUGCCAUAUCAGGAAAGCAGAAUUUUACGGUUGGAGAUGCAGCCAAAUUAACAUGUGUUGGCAACUACACAAAGAGUGCUAGUUUCCAUUGGUAUAUUCCAGACAAGAUAAAAAGCCAGGUGAAAAUGGAAUUGAAUAAAAAUUGGAUAGAAAUACAUGUAACUGAGGAGUCUAAUGGCAAAAAUAUCACAUGUACUAUUGAAGAUGGAGGUCUAGAAGGAUCUGCAUCAGUGAUUCUUAAAGUGGAAGCCCCUGAACAAUCUGAACAAUCAGAAGAGGAAUCAACUAGUACAAUUAAACCAAUUACAUGGCUUCUUUCUUUCAUAUUAUUAGUGUUGCUUUCUAUUUAUGGAAAUUCAUUAAUAGUUACAUUACUGCUAUAUAGAAUUUACACAUUUAUAAAAAAUAAAAAUUGUGUUGCUAAGCCACAAGACUCAUGCACCGCCUGUAGCAGAACAUAUACCUCUGUGUCACAAACGGAAACUGGAAUGACCGAACUUAAUUAACUAAUCAGUUCAUUAAAGCGAGGCUCUGGAGGAAAUCACUUUCUUGAUAUGUUGAUAAACACAAUUGGUAAUGAAAAAAUUUGAAUAUUUAAAAAAUGGGUGAAAAGACGGUGUUAUGCUCUUUCCCAGAUAUCUGUAUCUCCUUCACUAUUCCCAAUUAUGAACUUCAAAUAUACUUCAGUGUCUUAGAAAAAUCACUUGUAUAACAUGUCAAGGUGGAAAAAAGGGUAGUUACGCCUCCUUUUCCCCCAGUUUUUAAAUAUUCAAAACCAUUGCCCAUUUUUGGUCGAAGAAGUUUUUCCUUUAUUAGAAAAUUCAGUUCUACAAAAUAUCAAAGGAUUACAAUAAAUAUCCCUCCUCUGAUUAGAAGAUGAGUAAGCCUUGCAGUUGGACUUGAGGCACAGAUGCAUCAAGGUAAGCAACAUAGCUGAGGCGUAUGUGAUGGCAAUCAUGCAUGAUUCUUCUAAAUUUUUGUGAUUUUAAUCUUUGAGACCGCUGUUUAUAAUACUGUAAUGUUUUUGUAGUUAAAGGUUGCAUUUUAAAAUCAGAAAAAUGUAAAUUAACAAAGUAAAAUAUAAGUACAGUACAGCUAAUAUAAUACUAACAGACUGUAACAAUAUUUAUAGCACAGAUCAUGAAGUUGCAUUGCCUGUGUUUAGAUCAGGGGUAGGCAUAAAAAAUGGUCGGCAGGCCAAAGUGAAUUUUUGAUUUAAUACUAAGGGCCACACCCAGUGUGCUUCCAAAAACCUUUAUACUUAAUGCUCAGUUUUAAUAUUACUUUCUACAGGCGAUCGGUGUCAUUCUGCAAAGAAAAAAGGUCUUUUCUAAUCAAAGAUGGUUGGUGGGCCGCAAAAAAAAUCACUGUUAGGCCGCAUGCAGCCUAAAAUCCAGUCAAGUGUAUAUAUCUGGCUUGUGUGCACUUUAAAUAAGCACUUGCAUUUUUCUUUUGAGUAGGGGAUUCCUGAUGGUAUGGUUCAUUUCAGCCCCUGUCAUCGUGGAAUGAUGUGAACUAAGUGCCUUUCUAUGGCUGCAAAAAUAGUCACAGACCAUACACUUAUGCACUUAACAAUGACGCUGCGAUUGAUUACUGACUUUUAUAAUAACUAACCAUAGUAGAGUCAUUUUCAUGAGAUCCGUGACUAAUUUUAGGAUACCUUAUUUUCUCGAUGGAUUUGGCAAGAUGGACCAAUUUAGAUAAAAUAUAGCUCCUAUAUACCUCCCAGAUUUGG